UGAUUAAACUUUAUUGUGGAAAAAUCAUAACAGAUACAAAUUCUAAUCCAAAGAAGAGUAUUUUUAUACGUUUUAAAAUGAGUCUGGGGAGAUUUUUAACAAUUACACGAGACAACUGAAUCUCAGUGACUGAACUUUAAUUUAAAAAACAAAAAAUGAGUUGCACUUCUUUAAAAUCAGACAUUUAAAAGUUAUUAUUGUUGUUGUUGUUCCUAUUAUUAUGUUGGCACUUGUUUUCAUUUUAACUUUUCAACGUUCUCCGCGUGAGGUCCGAAGUUUGAUCUCCUAGCGGAAUUUAUUCCCUGGCGACCACGAAGCCCCACUUGACGUGAUGACGGCGCCCACUCCUGUCACGUCACAGCACGUAUGGCCGAAGACACGCACGGGCCCCAGUCCGGACUGCUAUCUUCGGAUUAAACAGCGUCCCUGUGUUUUGUUUUGCUUUAUUUUAGUUUUCAUCGUCCACUUCCGCUUUCGCUCUGAGAGUUUAGGUUUGUUCCUAUAGCCGCGCGCCACCAUCCGCUCCUGCGCUGUUGUUGUUUUCAACAGCAGUCGCGCGCUGUGGCUCGUGCCGUCGUCUUCAGGCUUGUUCCCAGAGUUGGCUCGCCGCGCGCAUGCAGCAGAAUGGCUCGAGCGGUUCCAACGGUUCCGACGGCUGCAACAGGGACCGCCAGUCCCUGUCCUUCAGCCCGCUGCCUGCCGCCACCACGCGGGUAAGGAGGUUCAUUCAGGAGAGACGGACGCUGCCUCUGCCCAGAGUGAUGGUGGUGUUCUCGGCCGCAGGUGACACCACCGAGAAACCGGGCGAUGCCAUGUCCAGCUCGGACCCUACGGAGGACGACAUCCGAAAGCCGGCCUCGCCAGCACCGAGCCUCACCCUGAGCAAGCCGCUCAGCCGCUCGUCGCUGGGCGCGCAGGAGCAGGAGUUUCCAGAGGUCAUCUCUCUGAAUGUCGGGGGCACGUACUUCACCACCCGCCUGUCCACGCUGCGGCGAUUCGAGGACACCAUGCUGGCCGCCAUGUUCAGCGGGCGUCAUUACAUCCCACGCGAUGCUGAGGGACGCUACUUCAUCGAUCGGGAUGGUGCAUAUUUUGGGGACAUCCUGAACUUCCUGCGAGAAGGCGAGCUCCCUCACAGGGAUCGAGUGCGAGCCGUGCACAGAGAGGCUCAGUAUUACGCCAUCGGCCCGCUGCUGGACAGCCUGGAGGACACUCAGCCGCUCACCGGGGAGAAAGUUCGACAAGCUUUCCUCGACCUGCUGCCCUACUACAAAGAGAAUCUGGAGCGUAUUGUGGAGAUCGCCAAACUGAGGGCCAUGCAGAAAAAGGCUCGGUUUGCCAAGCUGAAGAUCUGCGUGUACAAGGAGGAGAUGCCCAUCACGCCGUACGAGCGUCCUCUGUUCAACUCCCUGCGAUUCGAGCGCUCGGACAGUGAGGCCAAGCUCUUUGAGCAUCACUGCGAGGUGGACGUUUCCUUCGGACCCUGGGAGGCGGUGGCAGACGUUUACGACCUGCUGCACUGCAUCGUGAGCGACCUGGCUGAGCGCGGCAUCGCGGCCGAGCAGCAGUGCAUCGGCGUCUGUGACAAGCACCUGAUCAACCAUUACUACUGCAAGAGGCCCAUCUAUGAGUUUAAGAUCACGUGGUGGUGAAGCUGCAGGGACCAACAAGCAAAAGGGUGGAUGUUCCAUUCUGUCUGUAACUCGGCCGAUAUUGGCUUUUGUUGCCAAUAUUUUGUGCUAAUGUCCUAAAAUGUGACCCUUUAAACCACACUCAUCGGUUAUGUUGCCCCAGAAUAUUUUUCUUCUCAGCCCUGACAAAAAGAAAAACACCUUCUGGUGAAACACAAACAUUAGCUCUCCCUGUUAUUCUCUCUUUGUGGACCUCGGGUGGUGUGCGCUUCUCACCUGGAUGCAGAGGUGCACAGGUGUACUCCAGGGCCCCUGCCAUCACAGCUGGGUGUGGUCACAGGUGACCACAGAGAGGACGGAGAAUCACUGCUCUUCACUUAAAGCUCUGUUAAAGGACUCCAGCACUUCAGCAUCUUUACACUUUGUGUCCAGCUGUUCAGUCACUGUGUGUGUGUCACAGCUGGAACUGGAGGCCUGCUGCCUCUGCACUCAGCUCAGUUUGAUUCAAACUGGUGCAUCUUUACGAGGGAAUCCGGCGAUUAAAAGGGCGUGAGUGAAACGUUUCACAUCCGAUGGAGGAGAUUGGGUUUUAAUGGACAGAGCUGCUGCACAGGCCGCUGAGAGUGAGGUUGUGUAAACGUUUGCCAAACCGCAGCCAAAAUGAACAGAAAAGCGACGACAUUAGAUUCUUAUGUGUGUGGUAACAACAGCAGAAGUGAAGAAGAGUCACAGGUUAGUGAAGUGGCUCAGUAUUAUCAGUUAGUAAGCUUUGAUAGCACUGAUGGUAAUGAGCCAGCAGUCAGACCACACAGGCGAUGUAGCCAAACUCUGCUGCAUAUUUCGCUUAUGCACUCAGCGUUUCAUUUGUAAGAGAAAGGAUGUGGCUUUUCCUCCUCCAAAAGUUACAAAGUCUUGCUUUAAUGCACGUAACUUGACCCGAAGUGUCUUGUUAGGUUUCAGAUCCAUUUUCUUCCAAUUUGAAUUUAAAACUACAGUGAGUGAAAAUGAAAAUAUGCAAAUAAAUAAAAAGUCUGAGAAGAUUGAAGCUUCACAGAUGGGCGACAAGAUCAUAUAUCUCAUUUAAAAGCCAGUUCUGCCCACGGUUUGUGUUUAUCCUAAAUGGAUUGUUAUUUGUUUUCCACAUUACCUGCUUUAUCAGUCUCACUGAUCUGAACUGACACGUGAUUGAGUUCAGUCUCAAUUCUUAGCACAUUCAAAGAAACCACCUUGUAGUAAAUAUUGAAUAUUGUAAGUAAGUAAUUUUUUUGGCCUAAGUUUUGUUUCGGGAUUCAGAUUAACUGUGAGCGUGUUCUUUUGGGUAAACGGAGUAUAUUUAACUGAAGCAACCUGAUGAGAAACGCCGACUGCUUUGUUCUCUAACCGCCAGGCGUCUCGGCUGCAGGGACGGAAAGCAAACUUAUUUAAUGUCAGCUUCCAUUCCAGCGUGUUUAACAUUAACCCCCUGACGCUUCGGUACAGUCAAAGGUAACUUACACGUUAAUUCCUACUGUACUUGAUGAUAAAGUCUGAGCACCUUGUGAUUGUAAUCACUACAUUUUUUACCUCAUGUUAAAGCAUCUGACACAUUGUAGUUAUUAACAGCUCUGGCAUAAGUUCUUCAUCUUCACUAAGAAAUCCAACAGGCUUAUUGUGUUGUACUUUUACACUAACAAAUGUCACAGGAGAGAUGCUCCAUCUGCACUGUUCUGAAUGGUUUUAUAUUGUAAUUUAUUUGUUUUAGCUUCUAGGAAGCUGUAGUUGUAUAUUUGGGUUUGUUUGUAGUGGAAAAUAAAAUGUGACAUUUUUGUUAUUUAAGGUUAAAUUAAAAACAAACGCUUUCACAAC